UUGCUAAUAGUUUCCACUUUAAUAGGAUUUUCUAAAAAAUAAGGCAUAUCCUUUGUUGGAAGGAUGUACAUCAUUUCUGUUGGAUUGGCUGAUUGAAGGCCGUGGAGGGUUUCUGGAAACAAACCCAUCAACUUCUCCCGAGCACAUGUUUACUGCUCCAGAUGGUAAGCCUGCCAGUGUGAGCUACUCGUCAACUAUGGACAUGGCUAUCAUAAAAGAGGUUUUCGCUGCAAUUGUUUCUGCUGCUGAGAUUUUGGGGAGAAGUGAGGAUGCUCUUAUAGGAAAAGUCCGUCAGGCUCAACCUAGGCUUUUACCAUACAAAAUUGCUAGAGAUGGUUCCCUAAUGGAAUGGGCACUAGAUUUUGAGGAUCCGGAGCCACAUCAUCGACAUGUAUCACAUCUUUUUGGCCUGUUUCCUGGGCACACAAUAACCAUUGAGAAAAAUCCUGACCUCUGUAAAGCUAUAGAUUAUACCCUCUAUAAAAGAGGAGAGGAUGGUCCAGGAUGGUCAACUACAUGGAAAGCUGCAUUAUGGGCUCGUCUUCGCAGCACCGAACAUGCAUAUCGUAUGAUCAAGCAUUUGAUCGUCUUGGUGGAUCCAGAUCAUGAGGCUGAUUUUGAGGGAGGACUUUACAGUAACUUGUUUACUGCACACCCUCCUUUUCAAAUUGAUGCCAACUUUGGAUUUUCAGCAGCAAUUGCUGAAAUGCUAGUUCAAAGUACCAUGAAGGACCUUUAUUUACUUCCUGCUCUUCCCCGUGAUAAAUGGGCAAAUGGUUGUGUGAAAGGUCUGAAAGCGCGGGGCGGAGUGACAGUCAACAUCUGCUGGAAGGAAGGAGAUCUUCAUGAAGUUGGUCUUUGGUCCAAGGAUCAGAAUGUGGUUAAGAGAUUACACUACAGAGGACUCACGGUCAUGGCAAAUUUAUCAUCUGGCAAAGUUUACACUUUCAAUAAACUUUUAAGGUGUGUGAACUCAAAAUCUCUUUGAGAAGUGGCUUAAUCUUCAUUUGUAAGGUCAAAUUCAUCUGUGAGGAGCUCUGAUAUUUGUUCGCUCUUUAUAAUUCCUACCUUUUGUUUUUUAAGUCAAUAUUUUAUUUUUUUAGUUUUAUAUACAUAUUAUUAUUAUUAUUAUUAUUAUUAUUAUUUUUAAUC